CGAGAAUCAGUCGGUCGCCGGCGACCGUUAACGCAUGUUCGUGCCACUAAUUGAGAUCAAAACGCGACACAUGUGCUUACAAUACUAACUAUAAAAAAGUUACGUAAAACCCAAAUGUGUCACACAAUUUUUUCACAAAGAAAAUAAGUGUUGAAGUUAACAAGUUAAAAAAAGUGUUUUAAAUUUAUACACUAAAAAUAAAAUCUAUUCAAGUAAUAAUUAUUGAGAAAUUAAAAAUAAAUAACAAUUUUCUUUAAUUUAUUAUUUUAAUAUUAUUUAAAUAAUAAUAUUUCAAGUUGAUUGCGCAAGAGUGUUUCCCAGGAAAAUCGAUCCAGUACGCCCUAAAACCUCGACGUCGUUUGUCGUCAUCGUCACCGAAACCAACCAACAUCAACAAAAAAAAUGCACGUGUUAAUUGUCAAAGUAAUUACCGGUUAUUAUUAUUAUUACUAAAUUAAUUACUAAUAAGUUCAUAUAAAAAGAAAUCAAUAAUAACCAUAAACAAAUGGAGAAAAAUGUAUUAAAAACAUUCACCACUGAAAAGUGUUACUUAAGAACAACGAGAUCUCGUACGAAAAAAUUAAAAAAUUAUCGCAAGUCGAGGACGAAAUUUCGUUUAAUUGGAAGUUGCCUAAUGGAUGCUGUUAUGGAAACGAAUCGACAAGAUUUAUUUACGUGCCCAUUUUGUAGAAGGAUUAUUAACGUUCCUGUAACGAUUCGGUGUGGACAUACGUUUUGUUAUGAUUGUUUGAACGGUUUUGCUGUGAAUAAUAGUAAUAGAAAAUGUAGCGAGUGUUUAACAGAAAUCGACGAUAAUAAUUUUUCGGUUAACGUUCUCGUACAGGAUUUCGUUGAUAAAUGGAGAGAAAGGAAUGAAGAUUAUUGUGAAAAUGAUGUAAAAGAAUUUUUGGGUCUUGAGCCAAGGUACUGUUUAAGGUCGAGGUACGCAGGAUUGUCAAGCAAAAACGGUUUGGACGAAGAUAAUAUACACAAAAUAUUCAAAAAGUUCUUCAGGAAAGCAAAACGAUACAGUUCUACAUUGAAGACCAAUUUAAAUCGAUUAAAAAUCGAAGAAAAUAUUUCUUGGGGUAACGAAUUCGUUAUUGGUGAUAAUAAUUCUGAAAAUGAUAGUUUUAAAUAUGUUAUUAAUACGUUAUUUUCAUCAAGAGAACAAGCUUUGAAAGAAUUUUGGUGUCACGUCACAAUUUCCGAUUUAGAAUGUAUUUUGUGCAGUCAGUGUUAUUUGGAUCCAAUUACAACGGCUUGUGGGCAUACGUUUUGUCGAGAUUGUCUGGCAAGAGUCGUCGAUCAUGGUUUAGCAUGCCCGUUAUGUAUGGCACCAUUAAGCCCGAACGAUCUUUCUCGGGGCAGCACCAAAAUUCUCGAUCAAGCAAUGAGAAUUAUCGUUCCAAGUCAAUAUGAAGAAAGACUUUUUGUUAACACUAAAGAAAUACACGUUUUAGAACACGAAUGCGAGGUUCCAGUAUUUGUUUGUACAAAUGCCUUUCCUGGUGUGGCUUGUCCUUUAUACGUUUACGAACCAAGAUAUCGUUUAUUAGCAAGACGGUGUCUUCAGUCAUCGACAAAACAAUUUGCAAUGGCCGGAAAAAUCGAAAAUGAUCUUUUCGCAUCGUUUGGAACGAUUUUAGAGGUUAAAGACGCGGUUCAUUUACAUGACGGAAGAUCAAUUUUAACCACAGUUGGUGUUCGAAGAUUUAAAGUGUUAGAUAAAGGCGAAAAAGAUGGUUAUGAUACAGCAAAGGUUCAAUUUAUACGAGAUACGGUGGUUUCAAACGAAAAAUUAACAGAAUUGAUUAAUUUGCAUCAAAGGGUGCACAAUAAAGCCGUGAAGUUUGUUAGUUCCUUAGCUCCAAGGUUUCUAAUUGAAAUCGAAAGCUCAAUCGGGCAAAUGCCACGACCUGAAGAAAAUUGGUUUUCAUUACCUGAUGGGCCGUCAUGGGCUUGGUGGUUAAUGCCUAUUUUACCAUUAACAACUCAACUUCAAGUUGGAUUUCUUAGUACGACGAGUUUAGAAAAACGUUUAAGAGCAAUCGAUAAAAUGUUGGAACACAUGAAAGUAAAAAUGAAGGCUUUGGAACGAAACACACUGAAAUGUAACGAUUCGAAUGAAUCGAGUGAUUCAUGUAGAUUUUGGUUGAUAUAAAAAUGAUAAUCAUUAAGCUUUUGGAGUAUUGAACGAAAGAAAAAAGAUAAAAAGAAAUCUGAGAAAACGAUUUUUUUAUAUUAAAGUUUCUUUUCUUUUUAUAAUAA